AUGGAGCUCAACACCUCCACCUCCUCCGCCGCCGGGACCUCCCCUGCUGAGGUCCUCGAGCAUGGUGAGCCCUCCGUGCGCGACCCGAGCCUCCUAUCGCCCGCAUUCUCCCCUGCGCCGUCUCCCGGGCUCGUCCCUGCGUCUGGAUCCGGAUCCGGGUCGUCCUGGUACGAGCAGAUCCCACCCUCGCCGGCUGUGGGGGUGGGGAAUGGCUCCCUCUCCGUCCACGCGAUCGCGACGUCGUCGUCGCAGUCCGUGCCCUCGUCCUCCUUCCCCACAGCCGGCACUCUCCCUAUGGUGGGCUAUGAUCUGUUCGGCAAUCCAGAAGCGACGGCGGCCACUCCUCUCCCGACGCUCCUCGGAAGCCCGUGGGAGCAAGGACAGUCGUCGUCGAUGGCAGCGUCGGUCCUGCCAGAGUGCCCAAGCCUGGGCUUGUUCGGGUUCGACGGCGAGUCCGCGGUGUGGCCGAGCGAGGAGAUGUCGUCGUCCUUCUUCUCGCCGCUGUCUGCUGGUGGCCUGGUGCCGCAGAGCAGCGACAACUUGGUCGGCUUGCGUAUACCUUCGCUGGCGGUGGAAGGCAGCCCCGUCGACACCCCACUGCCGCCCAUCGAGGAGGAGGAGGAGAUGGAUGUAAGUGCCUUCCUUGUCUCGGAUCCAGAGGAUCAGCUGCCCAAUGCAUCGUGGAUGGCGACUAGUCCGCAGAUGGGCGGCGGCGGCGGCGGGGCAAGUGCAUCGUGGAUGGCGCCAGGGAUGUUGGCGCCGACGGCGGCGAGCACGUGCACCAUGGUAAGCACCAGCAGUGGGAGCAUGGCCUACCACUCCGGCGGCUCGUCCAUAGGCGUCACCAGCUCCAUCGGAGCCAUCUUCGAGUUCCAUUCUCUCCCCACAUGCGCCAAAUCUACAAGGGCCUCUGCUGCGGUGAAGCAGGAGGUCAUGGAGAUGGAGUACGUCGACGCCAUAGCACGCCGUCAUCCUGACUUCAUAUCAAUCGCCGACGACGAUGAGGAUGGGCUAUAUCAGGAUGCUAUCCCGUGCUCCAUUCCUGGCCUAAACGGAUGGUCUAGGAGCAGCAGAGGCCACAGCCAGGGACCAACUUUCGCGCCGGAAGCGGAGAGUAGGUACAACGUCUUCGGCAGCUGGGGCAGCAGCAGCAGCAGCAGCCCUGCUAGCUUUGCUCCCGGCAGCUGGCUGGGAAGCAGCAGCGGCAGCCCUAGCUUUGGUCCGGGCAGCUGGGGCGGCGGCGGCAGCAGCAGCAGCCCUAGAUUUGCUCCGGGCAGCUGGGGCAGCAGCAGAGGCAGCCCUAGAUUUGCUCCUGGCAGCUGGGGUGGCGGCAGCAGCAGCAGCCCUAGCUUUGCUCCCGGCAGCUGGGGCAGCAGCAGCGGCAGCCCUAGCUUUGCUCCCAGCAGCUGGGGCGGCAGCAGCCCUAGCUUUGCUACCGGCAGCUGGGGCAGCAGCAGCAGCAGCCCUAGCUUUGCUACCGGCAGCUGGGGCGGCAGCAACAGCAGCCCUUACUUUGCUGGGAGCAUGCCCUGUUUCGAUCGAAGCACGUCCAUUGACAACUACGGCUCCAGCUCCAUGCUGAACCUGUCCAUCGGAGGGAAGAUCCCAUCCACUUCUGGUCUGCCACCGCUGCCAAGGGCAGGUGCUAACAACAGCAAAAUUGAUUCUAAGUGA